AUGGCGUGUCCUUUUAUUGAAGAGCCAGUUGAUGUCGAGGCGCACAUACUCCGCAGACAUCUCCACCGGGAGAGGAUUAUUAGACCCCGAUUGGAUGUUUUAUCAUUCCCUGAUGAGUAUCUGUUUGAGCGUUUCCGUUUCUCUGCAUCAUCUAUAAUUUAUAUAAACGAUAUUCUCAGCCCUCACAUCGCUCACAUGACGCAUCGUGGACAUGCUCUCAGUUCCGAGCAAAUUCUUUGUAUUGCACUUCGUUUUUUUGCCAACGGCAGUUUUUUGUAUAACGUCGGUGAUGCAGAGCAUGUGUCCAAGGCAACUGUCUGUCGGGCUGUCCGAAAUGUGACACUUGCACUGAAACGGCUACUAUGCACGUUUGUAGUGUUCCCAAGUCACAGACCCACCAGACUUCUCAAAGAAGAGUUCCACAGAAUUGCAGGGUUUCCAGGUGUGAUUGGCUGCAUAGAUGGCACUCACAUUCCUAUCAUCGCUCCUUCAAUAAAUGAAGGAGAUUAUGUGAAUAGGAAAUCUGUCCACAGCAUUAAUGUGCAGAUCAUAUGUGAUGGAGCCCACAUGAUUAACAAUGUGGAAGCGAAGUGGCCUGGGUCUGUGCAUGACUCACGAAUGUUUCGUGAGUCGACACUGAGUGCCAGAUUUGCCGGUGUAGAGUUCGAUGGUUACCUACUCGGAGACAGAGGGUACCCCUGCCAGCGCUAUCUGCUGACCCCUUACCCUGACCCUGAGCCUGGCCCACAGCGACACUACAACUUGGCUCACUGCAGGACACGAGCCAGAGUGGAGAUGACCAUCGGGAUACUCAAGGCCCGGUUCCAGUGCCUUCGUAGGCUCAGGGUCACCCCAGAGAGAGCUUGUGACAUUAUAGUGGCAUGUGUGGUUCUCCACAACAUUGCCACUAUUAGAGGAGAACAAUGUCCUACUCUUUCCCCCUGUGAUCCAGGUAUUAAUCAUACCCCCCCUGCUGAUACACGAGAUGGAAGAGCUGUUAGAGACAUGAUAUGUGUCAAUCAUUUCUAACUGACCCAUCACCUCCCCAAUGUUCAAGAACGACAAUAUGCAUCUCAUUUUAUGAGGUCUUCUUUAUUUCCUAGAAGGACAAAUUUUGUA